UGCGUGGCGUCUCCCGCGGGCCGAGAAGUAGCUGCAAGUGGGAUACCCCGGGCUGGGCCGGCCGAGGCGCCCGCCGCCUCCUUCCGCUCGGAUCCCGCCGCCUCCGCCCCCAGCCGCCCGCUCUUUGUCUCCCGGCGCCCGGCCUCCCCGCCACGCGCCCCCGCACGCCCCUUCCCGGGAACCCCCGUCGACCCCGCGGACGCGUCGCCGAGCGAAUCCGCCUCCCAGGCCGAGGCCUCGACCCGCCGGGCCGGCGGGGGCGGGGCGGGAGGGGGCGCUCCUCCGCUCGCGCGCGCGCUCGCUCCCUCGCGCUCUCUCACACUCACACACUCACACACACUCACACACACACGCACACGCACGCACACACGGAGCAUCCUUCCGUCAGGUCUCCAGGUCCAGCCCCGCCCGCGCUCCUGCUUCCUGCAAACCUUCCUCUGCCCCCAAACUGCCCCCGCUCUCCAUUUCUCUCCGGCUGCGGGACCCUCCCCGCCGACCCUCCCCCCCACCCCGGGAUGGAGCGUCUUGAGCCAGCCCGGAGCCCCCCGCGGCCGGGGUGACGGUCCCUCGCCCCUCUCCUGACCGGCCCCCGCCUUGAGCACCAUGGGCCUGAGGGGUUCCCGAGGCGCCAGCCACUGAAGAUGACCGAUGCUAGAGCUCUCUUGAGUCAUGGCUUCUUCAAAGCUCCGAGAACCCGCAGAUGAGGUUUUUGAUCUGGACUUGGCUGUGCCAGAGACCGCCAGACUGGACAGCAGUUUACACAAGGCCCGGGCCCAGCUGCUGGCCAAGGGCCGAAGACAUCGGCCAUCCCGCUCCAGGCUUCGGGACAGUGCCAGCUCUGCUGAGGAUGGUGAAGGUUCCGAUGGGCCUGGAGGCAAGGUGACCGAUGGCUGCGGGAGUCCCCUGCACCGGCUGCGCUCGCCUUUGCACUCGGGCCCUGGCUCCCCGGGCGGGGGAUCUUUCUGCCUGGAGCCUCCUGGUUUGCGGCGCAGUCUGGACGAGGACGAGCCGCCUCCGUCGCCGCUCACACGCUAUCGGCCCCUGCACAACGCGGCCUCCCACGAGGGCCUGGCUGCCGCCUCCAGCUCGCCGCCGCGUUCCGCACCCUCCUCGGACAGCUCGCCCAGCUUCGUACGCCGCCACCCGCGCGCGGAGCCGCACAGCGAAGAUGACAGCCGGGAUGCCAGCCCUCCUGAGCCUGCCAGCCCCACCAUCGGUCUGGAUAAGAAGACGCGCCGGAAGUUUCUGGACCUGGGGGUCACCCUCCGCCGAGCAUCCACUGGCAAGAGCCGGAAGGAGAAGGGCAGCAACCGCCUGUCCAUGGGCAGCAGGGAGUCGGUGGAAGGGUCUGGCCGGUCAGGGGCCUCCCCGUUCCUGCCCUUUUCCUGGUUCACAGACAGCGGCAAGGGUUCAGCGUCCUCAGGCAACGUCACUUCUCCUGCCUGCUCCCCUAAACAUGAGGGGUUCAGUCCCAAGAAGUCAGCGUCACAGGAAUCCACCCUGAGUGACGACUCCACGCCCCCCAGCAGCAGCCCCAAGAUCCCGAGUGGUCCCCGGCAGGAGGCCAAGUGUUCCUACCCCUACCACACGCUGUCCCAGUCUUCAGAUGAGUUCCUGGAUGAGCCCCUCCCUACUGUCCAGCACUGGACCAGCCAGCAGGUGGGCCAGUGGCUGCAUAGCCUCAAUCUGGAGCAGUACGCCGCUGAGUUUGCAGCCCGGCAAGUGGACGGGCCACAACUCCUGCAGCUGGACGGAAGCAAACUGAAGAGCCUGGGGCUCAGCAACUCGCAUGACCGGGCACUAGUGAAGCGGAAAUUGAAGGAACUGGCAGCAGCUGCGGAGAAGGAGCGCAAGGCCCAGGAGAAGGCUGCAAGGCAGCGGGAGAAGCUGCGGCGCCGGGAGCAGGAGGCCAAGAAGAGCUAGGGGCGGGCAGGGUGGCACUGGCACCUGGGUGCGGGCAGCCACCAGGCUCAGCGGGCACAGGCCUCACCAGGGGGGUGGGCCUGGGUGCCAGGCUUGGGCUGGCCUAGCCCCACACUCUUGGGGGCACGUGCCCUCUCUCACUCUGUCUGGACCCAGAGUCCCCGGGAAGGGAGACCCCAGGGAGAGGGCCCAGUAAUAAAUCCGAUUCUGAGGACUUGUUUGGCACAGAGUUCCUGGGAGAGGCAGGUAGCAGCUGAAGGGAAGAGGGACAGAGAGGCCAGGGCUGAAGUUAAGUCCAGAAGCCCAGAGGAGCCAGGAUCAGGCUGGCCCUAUGUCCUCAGGCCAGGGUGGUGCUGGGCAUGAAGGUGCCUGCCUGCCUCCCAGAGGCCCUGCACCUGGCAGGGUCUUCAGGCUCAGAGGGUAGUCUGGGCAUCUCAGCAGGGGACAGAGCUGUGCCUCUCCAGCUCUUCAAGGUGGCUGUGUUGGGGGAGAGCUGUUCUGCUCCCCAGGUAGAUCAGUGAGCAUUACAGCAAGUCGCACUCAGGGUAGACUCCCAGCCAACUCCUCAACAGGAGAGCAGAGAGAGCAGGAAGAGAUACGUGUGGCCUCUGCAAGGAUAGGAGAAGACAGACAGGACAAAAACCCCUUCUUUCUCCUGCCCUGUCCUGAGUCCCAAGGCAAGGACGGCAUCCAGGCAGCCUGUCCCUUCAGGGCCUAUUCAAGAGCAGGUCUCUCACCUGCUCUCCAGCCAGGACUCCUCCUCCUCCUGCUCCCUCAGAGAGCACCUGAGCUCUUUUGGGGGGCAGAACACACUUGGAAGCAUCGGGGACAGAGCCCUCCCGGUGCCUUGGUGCUGCUGAACCCAUGGCACUUCACCCCAGCCGGCAGAGGCAAAAUCUGGGGUUUACCUGGAAGCUGCUGGAUGGGAAGGGCCCACUGGCUCUCUCCAUCAGCCCCGGCCACUGUGAGGAGCUCAGGGCUCUAGACCGGGCAGGGAGCGCAGGCUGCAGCUCACAGGCUGCCGGGAGGGCCAGGAACGACCCCCGGGUGGGAGUGGUGUCUGUCAUUUUUGGAAAAUGUCCAGAGACAGGUUGUCCAGGUACCAUGCUGGCCAGCAGCCAGCCCAGCUUCUGGGGCCCUGGUUAGAGCUACCAAUGGAGCCAGGGGCUUCGGAUUAGAAACCCCUCCCCCAACUGUCUGCCUGGAGAGGUAGACAGGACCAGUGCAUGCUGACCCCUCACUCCUGCCCGGGGUCUGUGGCUCAAGGCCAGGGCCCCCUCCCUGGGACCAGCACUUUCCUCCCCUCUGCCAUAUGGGCUGGGAGUGGGGCUCCAGAGAGAAAGGGGGCAGCGGGGGCACGGGCACCCCUGGGCCUGGCAGAGGGGCUGGUGGGGAGGUGGGAAGGCAUGCGUGUCCUUGAAGCCAUCAGGAGCUAUAGUGGGUGUCCACCUGCAUGUGAAGGGGGGAGGCGGUUCUCAAUUUCUUUCAAUAAACAUUUACAAUGUGCCAGUGA